AAACAUGACGUGUCUGUGUGAACUGGAAUAACUCAGCACUGAUCUUCUCGUUCUCCAGUGAAACUCCAGAGUUUUCAGCUCGUUUAACAGCAAAAUGAAGCUUAUUCUCACAGCUCUUCUGGCUCUGUGCUUGAGCUUUUGUGCUGCGGACAUAUGCACAGACCCAGUGAUCUCCACCUCGUCCUACACUACUUCAGAUGCAGUCAUUUCAUCCGAGACUGUCUUCAUCGUCGAGCUUAGCCUGGCAUGUGGAAAUGGAGCACAGAGCGUUGCUCUUUAUGCGGAUGUCAACGGCAAGCAGUUCCCAGUGACCAGAGGCCAGGAUGUUGGAAAAUAUCAGGUUUCCUGGAGCAUUCCCCACAAACAAGCCAGCUCAGGCACAUACCAAGUGAAGUUCUUUGAUGAGGAGUCUUACAGCAACCUGAGAAAGGCACAAAGAAAUAAUGAAGACGUAGAGUCCAUUAAGCCCCUGUUUUCUGUUGCCGUAGAGCACAGGGGUGCAUGGAGUGGUCCCUGGGUGUCCUCUGAGAUCUUGGCUGUUGUCAUUGGCAUUGUUUUGUUCUACGUGGCCUUCAGCACUAAAAGUUCAAUUCAAGCAUAAAUACAUUGGGUCAGAUUGUGAAUAAACAUUACAGUUGUGUACCACUUCAUUCCAAAGUUCAAACUUUGUAAAGCUGGGGGUGUGAUGCAGUUGGGACAUGAAAGCUUUGGAGAUUUUAUAGGAGGUUAAUGUUGUGUAGACACAUUCUGUUGUUUGGAAUGUCUGCAUAUCAAUGAAAUUCAUUGAAUAAAAUAAAUUUUUAUUAA